AUGGCUUUGCCACAAUUUUUGGAUUUCCUGUUUUCAUUGUUCUUGGGAGAUGAGGAGGUGGCUGGCGGUGGUUCGUUGAUAGAUAGAGGAGGUGGGUGGUUGUCAGUGGAGAUGAGGAGGUGGUUGAUAACUGGACAAAGCAUGUGGGUGGACGUAGGAAGAGAUGAGGAGCUUCGAACCAUAGAAACCUUGAUCCUCUUCCCUCUCUCUGUGUCGCAUGCAGCUUCGAACAAGUGGCUCUCUUCUCUGCUCUCCUCUCCUCCAUCUGCAAUCAUCUUUUCUUUGAAAAUCAUCAGCUGGGGCCGUCUUCCUCAUCAACAUCAUCAGCCGGAGUUGUCUUUAUCAUCAACUGGUUCUGCGAGGACUCCAACUGAAACCCUAGGCAUCCACUGGUACAGAGCAAUGAAUUCAGGAAAGUUUCCAACUGUUUCUGAUGCUCUAAAAGAAUUUCCAACUGUUUCUGAUGCUCUAAAAGAAGUCGGUGGCUCUUACUAUCGUAUCAGAAAGAUUGUUCAGGAGCUAGAAUAUGAUUCUAAAAUAUCGGCUAUGAACGCAAGGAAUGAUACUUUAUUAGAAAAAGAAGUAGCUCAAGAGGAUGAAAUGUCGGUAGUAGUAGAAAAGGUAUCAAGGCAUCAAAUGACAGCGGAGACAGAAAUUCAUACAGAUGUUCAGAUGAGCAGUGAGACUUUACUGACACAAGAAGUAGCACAGGAGAAUGAAUCGUGUGCUGAAGUUGAAGUAUCAAAAAAUCAAAUAUCCAGUUUGGGUGAUAAUUCACUAAGUCACCAGACAAAGGCGGAAGGUAAGGGAGUUUUGCAUCCAUGUCGUGAGAAACCAGUGGAUAAUAUAAAAGAGAAAACAUCCUCUGAAGAAAUCAUGGAUUUUGAAGGUUCAAAGCCCCAAUAUGAGCAGCAACGAGAUUCGCUUGAAGUAGAAAAGUCUGUCAAGGUUUUGUCAGAAGAACGGGCUGGUGACGAAGAGCUUCGAAGAAAACAAUCCAUAUGGGGUAAUCUGAGGUCUCUUGCAGAUGGAAUUAUCAACAUCUGGAGAAAACUGUGAAUUUCUGUUGGGGUGAUAAUUUGAACUUUUGAAUCGUUGCACACCGUAGGAUGAAACUAGAAGUGUAACUUUGGUAUGAAAUGUCCAUCUUUUCAGCUAAUUCUCCUGUUGGUUUUCUUUUUAGCAUACGAC